GCCUCGCCCCUCCUCCGGCCGUGCCGCAGGGUUUGGUUGACUCUCUGCAGUGUAGCGCUCGGCAUUUGAGGCGGAGUGGGAGUACUUUGUGUGCGCUGGGGGAGUGGGAGACUGUGUCCCCGGUGUCAGGUACUGCCCCUGUCUGAGCGUGCUGCCUAUCACCAGUUUUGCCCAGAGAGGUCCUAUCCUCUGAAGAAUUCCUUGUAAUUUCCACGACAUGGCCGGGAGAGGAGCCGCUAGGCCAAACGGUCAGUCACAGGCCAGUAAAAUCUGCCAGUUCAAGCUAGUGCUGCUUGGAGAGUCUGCUGUGGGAAAGUCUAGUCUGGUGUUGCGUUUUGUGAAAGGACAGUUUCAUGAAUUCCAAGAGAGUACAAUUGGCGCUGCUUUCCUCACUCAGUCCGUGUGCUUGGAUGAUACGACAGUAAAAUUUGAGAUUUGGGACACAGCAGGACAAGAACGAUACCAUAGUCUGGCGCCUAUGUAUUACCGGGGGGCUCAGGCUGCAAUUGUGGUGUAUGACAUCACCAACCAGGAAACCUUUGCUAGGGCAAAAACCUGGGUUAAGGAGCUACAGAGACAAGCCAGUCCUAACAUUGUGAUAGCUCUUUCGGGGAACAAGGCAGAUCUCACUAACAAACGCAUGGUUGAAUAUGAAGAGGCCCAGGCAUAUGCAGAUGACAACAGUUUGCUGUUCAUGGAAACCUCAGCCAAGACAGCGAUGAAUGUCAAUGAUCUGUUCCUUGCAAUAGCUAAGAAGUUGCCAAAAAAUGAGCCCCAGAACACCAGUGGGGCUACAGGUCGGAACCGAGGAGUAGAUCUUCAUGAGCAGUCGCAACAAAAUAAGAGCCAGUGUUGCAGCAACUAAGAGUGGAAGACAGAGAGUGAAGGGGGAGCCAACAUACGAUUAUAACCUCUAUUCCUGCAUCUGUCCAUCUGUCCUCCAGAAAUACAACUUAAUAACCUUCCAGCACUCCUCCGCCAGGACCUUUCCCUUCGCACAACUACUCCACCGGGUAACAGCACACAUGGAAACAAACGAACCAGCUUGAAACCCCCAGCCCUACACCGUCUCAGCCCUGGAAAAGCUCCUUGUUAACUCUACUUUUUGUGUGUUCUAUUUUCUUUGUUUUUUGGGGUUUUCUUUACACUUCCCACAAACACACUCAAACUAUUCUUGGUGGCACAGCAAAGAAAUGCGCAGGAACUAUGCCUUUUCAAUAGAGCAAAUCUUGCAAACAAACUCUAAAUACUUUGUAAUAUAGCUACAUAGUGACUUUAUUAUUGAUCUUUUCAUUUCUUAUAGUUUCGGCUUUAUGUAUCCCAUUUGCAGGCCUUCAAACUUCAAUGGCGCCUACACAAAACAGAAUUUACCACUUGUAAACUUUUUUUUUUUUUGUUUCUUGCUACAAAGCUACCAAAUGUCUUUUAUUUGUGUGCCUGCACUUUGACCGUUGUGGAUGGUAAAUAAUCCAUCCACUUUGACCCUUUGCACACAUGACUGAAAACCAUGAAGAGUGGUUGCAUAAAUGAUGGUUUAUCUAUUAUUUUAAGCAAAAGAACUCCAGUCGGUUUUGUCCUUCUAGCUUGUUUAGGAGAGUACAAGCAUCUUUGCUUUACUCAUUCACGUUUGAGGUCUUUGUUAACAAGCAGGUUUCUGAUUCCUUUUUUACGUACAGGUUUGGAACACCCUUGCUUCCGUCUUUGGUGAAAUGGUUAUCAUAUGGAACCCUUUUCUGGCUUUAAAAGUGUGUAGUCUAAAACAGAUGUGUUCACAAGGCAAUUUGUAAGUCACUUGUACCAACAGUAUUGUACACAUAGAUAUUUACUAGCUGGUGUGAACUGCCUAGGCUUUUAUUUCUUUUGUAAUUUAAGUUUCACUCCAAAUUUGUGUUCUACCACUUUUAAAAGGCAGGUAAUUUGGGUGUUUUUAUCAGGGGAAUUUAUAGAACAAUGUCUGUCUUUACUGGAGAACAUGAACACAUAUUGUCUGUGCUAAUCGUUGACUAAUGCCACUGGUUUAUUUAUGUGUAAAAUAGCAGUCAUGUGAUGCCAUUGAAGUGAAUAGGGUAGAGUUAUUCAUACAGUUCAUAAUUAGAAGGCUGAUAAAACUAAUUAUGGGUUAACAUAGUAUUAACUUGUAUUUUGAGUUAGUCCUAAAAGGAGCUUAGGGGUUCCUUGGGUUGACAUGAACAUUAAGAAUUGGCUUGGUGAUGCUGUUACACUGAUUCAGAAAGUAAAUGUAGUGGCUGGUGUUUGUGUGAAGAAUUUUGAUAUAACCCUAAUCCAAAUAACCUGUGUGAAAGGUUGUGAGCUGACCAUAUAUACAUGUCGUCUAAGAUACAAGAUAAUCUUUCUUCAGUGCCCAUGGUAAAAAAAAUCAGCAAAAUAUAUGUAGCUUUCUUUUCAGUCCUGGUUUUUUUACAUUGCAUUUUUUUUUUAUUUCUUGCCCCCCGUUAAACCUGUGUGUGAUUAAGUAUUGCAUAUUGGAAGAACUGCCUUGAGCAGUAUGCACUUUAGUUUACAAAUGGUUGAAAGGUUGCCUUGAAUACGUUUCUUUAAGGUUUGUUUCCUUAACCAAUGGUAUUAAGAUUGUCCAGUUAGCUCUCUAGUUUGCUGCAAUGAGGAGCUGAUCAAUGUCACUCCAUUUCAUUAGGGCUCAUCGGCAUUCCACUGAUUCUAUCUCCGCUUCUUUUCCAUACUUUUAAGAUUGUUCACAACAUCCAUGUCUCUUGCCCUGACUGUUUACAAAUUUUUAAAGGUUGUUCUCCUAAACAGAAGGAGCCGUUACUGGGCCACAAUGUACCCAAUCUAAGGCUUGAGAUACUCUUUAUUCUGUACACUAAGUGGCAUGGCAGGUAUGUGCCUUCUGCGUGUAUGGGUUUGUGUGAGUGUGAAAUAAGUGUUCAAAUUAUUGGUGGCUUUCUGGAUUGUGAGAUUAAUCUUGACUUGUGCCUUCCUUCCAAAGCUGGACUGGAGAGUUGUGAACAUGUCCUGGUAUUUAAAAACAUUUUUUAUAUAGGAAAGUCCAAAAUAUCAUAAAAUAAAAUGUACCCAGGUA